GCAGUUGAGGAAGAAGAGCGGGAGGAGGGAGUCAGGACCCAGACCCACAGUGGGUCGAUGUUCGAAGAACUAGAUUGCGGAGGAGACGGGGCUGUGAGGAUCCAGGCUGUCGGGACGGGACUGAGAGGAUCAGGCUCGGAGAAGACACGGCUAUCGGGACCCGGGCUCCAGACGGGACUUAGGGAACGGGGGCGGAUGUAGCUUUUGAAAAUGGCUGCCUCUCACUUCACCGGGCUCACAGCCGUUGCUGAUGUAAUUAAAGAUCUAGACACUCAAAUAGCUUUGAUCGGCCUUGGUCCUCACAGCUCCAAAAAGAAGCAGGAUCUUGAUAAGCUCUAUGAGCUGAAGUCCAAAGCACGGCAGAUUAUGAACCAGUUUGGCCCCUCUGCCCUAAUCAACCUCUCCAACUUCUCAUCCAUAAAACCGGAACCAGCCAGCACCCCUCCACAAGGCUCCAUGGCCAAUAGCACUACAGUGGUAAAGAUACCAGGCACUCCAGGGACAGGAGGUCGUCUUAGCCCCGAAAACAAUCAGGUAUUGACCAAGAAGAAAUUACAGGACUUAGUAAGAGAAGUGGAUCCUAAUGAGCAGCUGGAUGAAGAUGUGGAGGAGAUGCUGUUGCAGAUUGCUGAUGAUUUUAUCGAGAGUGUGGUGACAGCAGCCUGCCAGCUUGCUCGGCAUCGCAAGUCCAGCACCUUGGAGGUGAAAGAUGUCCAGCUGCAUUUAGAGCGCCAGUGGAACAUGUGGAUCCCAGGAUUUGGCUCUGAAGAAAUCCGACCCUACAAAAAAGCUUGCACCACAGAAGCUCAUAAACAGAGAAUGGCAUUGAUCCGAAAAACAACGAAGAAAUAACACACGGAAAGGUCAGGGAAUGGACAAAAAUGUAUUCGGAGAUACUUGAGCUGAGACCUCAGCCAUCUCAUCUUUGGAAUUUUUUUUUUAAUGCUUUACAGAGAAGCAUAUAUUUUUUAUUAACAGUGCAGCAAUAUCUAUAAUGACUGAGAGGAUCUGCCAAAAGAAUAAAGCCUCCUACCCCAACUUCCUGGCCUGUUUCCCUGCCGUCGCAAAGAGGAGCAGUGUAUCUUCCAGAGAAGAUUUUAUUUGUGGUUUAUUAUAUAAGUGAUUGAAUAUGGAACAAAGCAGUAUGAUCUUGUUGGCUGAGACAGUAUUAGCAGGAUUUAUAGAGGGUUUUAUUUCCUUCUCCUUUCCCCUUUUCCUUGUACUUUGUAAUGUCAGUGUUUAUAUGAAUAUGACUUUUCAUUUGCUUUUCCAGAAUAAAGAAGUUACUAAU